UUCAGUCGUUAUGUCUCUAACAAGCAUGUUGAUUUCUUGGAUUGUGGUCUUUUAUAUGAUUACCUUUGCAGGUGCGACGACCUCGUGCAGAACAGCGGACGGUCAGUAUGAUGUCAUUGUCAAUUACCGUGGUAAAACUGGUCCAGAAACUCCUAAAUCGAGAGUAAUUGCAUUUUACGCCUUCAUGUCAAAAUCAAUCACGAGCCCGGGCGUUGGUCGCCGACUGGUAUUUGAUGUAAUGAAAACAAACCAAGGUGGUGGAUAUAACAGCCAUACGGGCGUUUUUACCUGUCCAAAGACUGGAACAUACGUUUUCGUGUGGGUUGUAAGACUGGGUUCUGCAUAUCAUUCUUUUGAGUUGAUGAUCAAUAAUUCCGUGUAUGGAUCCACCCAUCUUUAUAACAAUGGUACCGGAGGCAGUGUCAGUGGUACAGUUGUUGCGCAUGUGUCGAAGGGCGAGAGUGUUUACGUUCGUGCGCACUCUUCCUACAAAGGUUCGGGUGUAAUAAAUAGUGAUACAAACGGUAGAACAGCAUUUUCUGGAUGGUUACUGAACUAGUUUGAUACUAAUAAAUGCAUUC